CUUCGAUUUUCAGGGGGAAGAAAAAAAUCCCUUGCGACUUCGGCCUCCCCCAUUUCCCGAUUCUCCUUUUUUUUCCUCUGUCGCUCAAUUUCGCCCAUUGUUGCGGUCCGGCGAGAACAGAGAAUCAGAUCUCUGUUUGGCGACCCGAUUUGGCAUUCUUAAUCACUUAAUUCUUGGUUUAUCAGGAAUUUGGUCGGAACAUGGAUGGAGAAGUUCCCAACAUAAAGAGAUGGGUAGUAUUGUAUCCCAUCUAUAUUAAUUCAAAGAAGACAAUAGCUGAAGGAAGACGUAUAGGUGUUAGCAAAGCAUGUGAGAAUCCUACGUGUGCUGAGAUUGGGGAUUGCUGCAGUCAUCUCAAACUGCCUUUUGCAAUCGAGAUUGAUAAAGCUUACCCUCGAGAUUUUAUGCAAAGAGGGAGAGUGCGGGUUCUGCUGAAAAAGGAGGAUGGAACCCUGUCCAAUCCAGCUAUUACUUCCAGAAAACAAAUGAUGCUUCGUAUAGCUGAACUUGUUCCUAGACAUCCCGGGAGGACAAAGAAACAGGAGCCCGCAUCAUCGUCAACUGCAGGACCUUCAAAAUCUGGCAAGGGCGGAAGAAAGAAGAAAUAGUUGCUCCUUUGUAAUUGCAAUGUACCAGAUUGGUAUCGACCAGGCUAGCAAUUUCGUUUUAAGGUGUUAUUUCUGCCCCCACCCAAAAUGUAGACUACAGUGGGUUUGCUUUGAAGAAUUUUGUAGAAUAGUGGAUCAUGGAGUUUUACUGAGAUAAAGUUGCUGUUUGGAGAAAGGGAUAGUGGUUGAAAAUUAAGUUAAACGAUCCAUCCACUCUUUUGCUUAAAUCCUUUGAGAUUUUUGAAUUACAGGUCUGGAGAUUCAAAAA